UGAAGGCUGUUUACCAAGAAAGCUGAGCUGCUCUGACAAAAACAAGGGCUGGGACUCCAGAGCAGAAGCAGCAGUGUGUCUGAAGCACAUUCAGCACAGGCUCUUCAUCUGUCUUCUACAUCAUCUUUUAGAUUUUUUGUCUUCAUUCCCUGAAGAGAGAAGCUCAUCCAGCCAUGUUGUCUGUGAAUUCAGGCCGUCAGCUCUGCAAGAUGUUUUUCUCCCUGCAUGUUGUUUUCCUCAGUGUGGUGAUUGUGGAGAGCAGUGCAUCGAAUGGAAAUCAAAACGACUGCAUGAGGUCCAGUGGUUUGGACUACAGAGGGGAACAACAGAGCUCCUCCUCAGGUCUGACCUGUCUGAACUGGACCAACACCACCAGAGACUAUGAUGUGACCGAGCAUCCCGACUCACUCACAGGUGCUGGAGAUCACAAUUACUGCCGAAACCCAGACUCCUCCGAGAGGCCUUGGUGCUACAUUGCUGGCCCGGAUGGGACGGUCCAGAGACAGUUCUGUGCAAUCGACGCAUGCAAAGAACAAGGUUCUGCUGCGCCAGCAGAGGCCGAGUCCCUCGACCCGACAGGAACCACUCCCUCCACAGAGAGCUUUCAGCCGGCCAAGUCCAGGCCGGCUCAGGGAGAGGUCGCCGCCGUGCAGCCGGUGAUGGGAGUCAGCCAGCGAGUGCGAACGGGACCAAAACAGAAAAAGGACCUUGGCACGCUCGGCUACGUGAUCGGCAUCCUAAUGAUGGCGAUCAUAAUCGUCCUUGGAGUAGGCAUCACGUUUGGCUACUUCUAUAAGAGGGGUCGGGACUUGAAGAAGCAGCACGAGCAGCGAGUGUACGAGCGUGAGAUGCAGAGGAUCACCCUCCCUCUGUCGGCCUUCUCCAACCCCACCUGCGAGCUGGUGGACGAGAACACCAUCGUCAUCACAGCGGACCCUGAAACCACGCCGGUCCAGGAGAGCGUGGAGGGCGCCGACCCGCUUAUGGGCCAGCAAGCCGGUACCCCCGGAGCAUGAGUGGGCCUGUUGUCCUCAAACGGGACUGUGAUACAUUCUUAUGGACCAAAACACUCCCAUCAUUGUCUCUCCUCUCUGCCUCCCUGAGUAACCUCUGUUUUAAAAGGAGUUGGGGAGCAGCGUGAGCUCCAAAGACUGAAUCCUGUGACCUUUUAGUUUGUUUAAACACAUCUGAGGCACGAACGAGAUAAGCUGACACACAAAUGGACACGAUCUAGAAACCAUUCAGAGGACUCUGUUGAUAAUAAGGUUGGGAGGUUUCUUCAAUAUUCAUAUGUGAUAGCCUGGAAAACCAAUCGUGGGCUGCCCCCUUUAAUAACCGUUUGAAUUUCUAGUCACAUCAGUGUUGACGUGUGUGAUGAAACCACUUCUCUUUAAAGAGAUGGUGUUUCGAAUGGGUGGGUGUUUAUAACUUUUCUUUUGUUUUUAUAAGUGUGUUUCAUUGUGGUUAAGGUGAAAUGAUGAAUAUGUGACUGACAUAUAUAUAUAUAUAUAUUUUUUUUUUAAUCGACCCGCUGGCUGUGCCGAGGGAGACGCAGACGAGAACCAUAUAAAGACUUUGGAGACGAGUUGGUGACACAGAUGUGAGUGUCCAAAAUAAAAUCCUCCUCCUCUGAGACAGAGACGAGGGAACGUGAGCUAAAGCAAAAAGGUCCACGAAAUACAAGGGAAACUGCCUUAGCGUGAUACUUCUGAAUUUGAAUGUAUUUGUUUAUCCUUUCCCGAGUGAUUUUCUCCUCUUUGUACUCAUCUGACAGGGCCAGAGUGAAUACAAAGUACGACAGCGUUCACUGGCAGACAUUAGACUUGCCCUUUUUCUUCCACAGGUUAAGGAGUGACAGGAAAUAAACAGAGCGCUCUCAGGAACGCGUGAGAGACGGUAGUUAGUCCUCAGGACAGAAUAGCACUGCCACAACACAGAACCAGAUGGCAUCAAAAAAAAAAAGAAAGAGCCCGAAGGAGUCUGACUUUGCAGAGCAGGACGGCGAGUGUGUUGUCGACGCGCUGGUGCCUAGAUUAGAUUCAGACAUUUGAGUUAUGCACUCGAUGCUUCAGGGUAGAGACGGGAUCAGAGUGGAAUAGAGCUGGUCUGAAGCAGAGCCUGACUGAUGUUACCGGCCUUCCACAGGUCGGCACAGGCGUAUCUGUCGGCCGAUAUGUGGAAAACGUAUUUUUACAGAACAUAAAGAAGAUGAAGUUUACCGCUUCAUUCAUUUUGGACAAUGAAGAUUUUUGUUAUCCUGCCUCCGUUAUAUCUUUGUCUGAGGUGUUUGAUAACCACAUUUGAGGCACCAUCACAAAAAAAAAAGUGUGUUAAUGUAAAUAUGUGUGUAAAAUGAUAUCAGCCGAUAUAUCAGCAUCUUCAUCGGUCCCAGAACUCAGAUAUGGGUCAGGCUGCGGUCCAAAGUUUUGGGGUUCGUACAGAAAAAAAAAAAAGCUCAAAAAACAUGAAUGCAUGCUGGUUCCCUGCUGUAUGUUUGUAUCAGGAGCCAUUUCUCUGCAUCUUAACAAGUAGAACUACUGAUCGAAGACGGCGUUUAGGAGAAUGCCUGACGUUAGAAAUCACCGUUUGUUACCAUUACCGUUACUGUUACUUCCCAGUGUGUUUGGUGUCAGUCCGUCAUGAUCUCGUUUUGGGAUCGUUACUGGAUCCACUUCACUGGUUAUCGGUGUUAUUUUUUUGCUGCUCCAUUAUUUCAGGCGUCCGUGUGCUGGUUUGUUAUAAUCAUUUUCUUCACAUAAGCAACGCGUUCAAAACAUACUCCUGUUCAGCAUUUGAAUUUAGUACUUGUUUGUAUGGAUGCAGAUUUUUACUGCUGAGAAUGAAAUAAAAAAAACAUCAAACACA